GAUUCUCACACAACGGAAUUUCGCAAUCAAGCAUCCAUAUGAGAAAACGAAAGUAGCUAAUUCCCGGUGCUUGUCGGUCGCUCUCCUGCUGAAGUCAGUCAACACCUGCGCCGAAAUUCAAUGGGCAACUGCUUCUCCGACGUUGCCGGUGGACGUAUGGCCAUCGGCGGCACCGCCGGCUCUCUCCUCAAUCCCGCCGAUGCUUCAAACGAUGUUGUUGAUAACUUCCUAAAGUAUCGUGGCUAUCAUGGCCUCUACUCUCAGAUCGAGUUAUCCUUUUCUGCUUCAGGCUUGCGUGACCGGGAUGUGCUCUCCAAGAGUGAUCCAAUGAUGGUUCUUUAUGCAAAAGGAAAAAAUGGAGCACUUGAGGAACUGGGCCGCACAGAAGUAGUCCUAAAUUCUUUGAAUCCCUCAUGGAUCACUAAGCAGACUCUCUUUUAUCAUUUUGAGGUUGUUCAGAUUUUAGUGUUUUGUAUUUAUGAUAUUGAUACCCAGUUUCACAAUGUAGACGUAAAGAUGCUUAAGCUAGAAGAGCAGCAAUAUCUUGGUCAAGCAACCUGUGCAUUAUCCGAGAUAAUUACAAAACCUGAUUGGUCAUUGACCUUGGAUCUAUUCAUAGAAGAUUCUACUAGAUCAAACUACUCUCAGAACUGUGGGAAACUCAUGGUGAAUGCUGAGGAAUGUAUCAGUUCAAAGACUACAAUAGAGAUGAUAUUCAGGUCUUCAGAUUUGGAAUAUAGGAAUCUCUUCUCAAAAAGUGAUCCCUUUUUAGUGAUAUCGAAAGUUGUGGAAGGUGGUACCCAAAUUCCUAUAUGCAAAACAGAAGUCAAAAAGAAUGACCACAACCCUAUAUGGAAACCAGUAUUCUUGAAUAUUCAACAAGUACGAAGCAAGGACAGCCCAUUAAUUAUAGAAUGCUAUGACUUCAAUAGCAAUGGCAAGCAUGAAUUGAUGGGGAAAGUGCACAGAUCCUUGAUACAGUUGGAAAAGCUUCAUUCUGAUGGUCAUGGAGAAAAUUUAUUUUUACCUGCUGCUGAUGGAAAAGAUAAUCAUAAUGAGGUCUUAAAGAGCCAAAUAUAUGUGGACAAGUUUACUGAAAGUGUCCAGCAUACUUUUCUCGAUUACUUGGCAGGGGGAUUUGAAUUGAACUUCAUGGUGGCAAUUGAUUUCACAGCUUCAAAUGGAAACCCACGCCUUCCCGAUUCUUUACAUUAUAUGGAUCCUUCAGGGCGGCCAAAUGCAUAUCAGAGAGCUAUCUCUGAGGUUGGGGAGGUGUUACAGUUUUAUGAUUCAGACAAACGAUUUCCCACAUGGGGCUUUGGCGCUCGACCAAUUGAUGGUCCCGUCUCCCAUUGUUUUAAUUUGAAUGGAAGCAGCCAUGACUGCGAGGUGGAUGGGAUCCAAGGAAUUAUGAUGGCAUAUACAAGUGCCCUACUUAAUGUUACUCUUGCAGGGCCAACUCUUUUUGGGCCUGUCAUAAACAAGGCUGCACUUAUUGCCAGCGAAUCUGUCACAAAUGGAAAACGAAAGUACUUUGUUUUAUUGAUAAUCACUGAUGGGGUGGUAACAGAUCUCCAAGAAACAAAAGAUGCUCUUAUUAAAGCAUCUGAUCUGCCAUUAUCACUCCUUAUUGUUGGAGUAGGAGGUGCCGACUUCAAAGACAUGGAGGUUUUGGAUGCAGACAAGGGGGAGAGGCUUGAAAGUUUAUCGGGACGGGUUGCUUCACGGGAUAUAGUCCAGUUUGUUCCAUUUCGGGAUGUUCAAAAUGGACAGAUUUCAGUAGUUCAAGCACUUCUAGCAGAAUUGCCUUCUCAAUUUUUAUCUUACAUGCGGACCAGAAAUAUUCAACCGAAUCUCUAGUUAUGUCGGUUGUUCAUUGUGCAAUUUCCAGUUACAUAAAUCAUUAAAUUCAGUUACAUAAAUCGCCAAAAAGGGCGGGCUUCAUAUGUCCUAGAUAUUUAUUUUCUGUUUUGACAGAAGAUUCCUAAGAUAGUUUAGCACUACGGAACUUUAAACAAAAAUUGAGAUGUGUAUGCUUGUUUUAAUCAAAACCAAUCAUUAACGAAA